UGUCCUCAGUGAAGCUUGAGCAGCCCAGAGGAGCGCAAAGUUCCAGGGGCCUUCAAGGUCACCCCGGGCGUGCCCUCACUGACCCUCCAAGCGCCCCUUGCCCCGUCUGUGCCUCCUGCAACCCCUGGCCCGAGUCUCAGCAUGGCAGACGAGAGCAGCGAUGCGGCGGGGUGCCCGCCCCCAGCUCCGGCCCCGAUCCGACGCCGGUCUUCUGCCAACUACCGCGCGUACGCCACGGAGCCGCACGCCAAGAAAAAGUCCAAGAUCUCCGCCUCGAGGAAGCUGCAGCUGAAGACCCUGAUGCUGCAGAUUGCGAAGCAAGAGCUGGAGCGGGAGGCGGAGGAGCGGCGUGGAGAGAAGGGGCGCGCUCUGAACACGCGGUGCCAGCCCCUGGAAUUGGCCGGGCUGAGCUUUGCGGAGCUGCAGGACUUGUGCCGACAACUCCACGCCCGCGUGGACAAAGUGGAUGAAGAGAGAUACGACGUGGAGGCGAAAGUCACAAAGAACAUGGCAGAGAUCGCAGAUCUGACCCAGAAGAUCUUUGACCUUCGGGGCAAAUUUAAGCGGCCCACCCUGCGAAGGGUGAGGAUCUCCGCGGAUGCCAUGAUGCAGGCCCUGCUGGGCACCAGGGCUAAGGAGACCUUAGACCUGCGGGCCCACCUCAAGCAGGUGAAGAAGGAGGACACAGAGAAGGAGAACCGGGAGGUGGGAGACUGGCGGAAGAACAUCGACGCGCUGAGCGGCAUGGAGGGCCGCAAGAAAAAAUUCGAAGGCUGAGACCGCCUGCCCCCUGCGCUAGCCCUGGAGGCAUCCCGGAGUAAUAAAGUUGCUCUCUAGGCUAG